AUGUCACUCUUUAUGGGAAACUCCUCCCAGUACUCUUAUGCGUCGGUUGACCCCGAAAAGGUAAAAAUGGCAGAGAUUCAGUUCACAGCGACAGCCAAAACCUUCAACAACAUCAUCAAGACCUGUGAAAAAAAGUGCUUGCCCCAUGAGUAUGGAGAAGGUGAGCUUAAUACUGGUGAAAACUGCUGUAUCGACCGAUGUGUGGCUAAGUACGUCAAGGCUAACUAUCUAGUGGGGUCCAACUUCCAGGAGAAGAACAUCAAUCCUUAUACGAAUAUGCCCGAGUACGACAAAGUGAGAUCGAUGAUGAACGAGAGAAAGUACUAA